AUGGAGCGUUACGAGAGUGCCGAGACGAACCUAACUCAGCAGCCCCAAGGAAGUGUCCCCUCCAUCCGAAGCGUGCCCCUCGUGCAGGGUCAGAAUAAGCACCACCUCAUUAACGGCACGACGUACCAAGGUACCCGAAGGAGGAACACAAAUGAGGAUAGGAAAGGUUUGACCCCCAUGAGCAAAAUGAAGAAUUCAAAUGUUACCUUCACCAGGUUGCAUGGAAAUAGUAAGUACCAAGGGGAGGGAAAGAACUACUACCCGGUUGUUAACCAGCCAAUAAAUGUACCAGUGAGUGCAGUAGUGAGUAACCAUCCAAAUAGGAUCCAAAUGAAUAGCGUCACUCAUUCGUUCAAUGAAAAUGGAGAAUCCAGCCACAUGAACAAGUUCGGUUUCCACAGAGAGGGGAGAAGUAAAAACUGCAUGCUGGUCCAAGAUCCGACCAUUCCCAAUCCCGGUGGAAGGUCUUCUUAUGGAGAGUAUAAGAUGAGUGGCCCCAAGUUGGCACGUACUUAUAGGAACGAGAGAAACUCCUAUGCUGUGCUGAAUAGAGCAAACGAAUUGAACUUCCCUCCAGGGUGUAAUAAUGGUAUGGCCGCUUCGGACAUGAUACAGGAGACCCCUCCUGGGUGUUCAGAACGGCGUUGUGACGACAAAGUAGACGUAUCGAAGGAAGAAAAAAACGGAAGCGAAAUGCAGAAUCAGGUUUUUACCCCACGGGUGGGGGGUAAACAGAACGGAGGAGAGAUUCACGUGUCGUCACAGCGGACAGAACAGGUUGUCAUGAAUCCUGUUGAAAACCUGCAAAAGGGCAAAGUAGAUCCCCCCUUCGAUAACACCGUCAAACCGUUUGAAGUGAGACCAUCCCCCCUGCAGAACAGCAUUAGUCUUAUCAACAGAAUGGAAAACAACAGCAACGGUAAUGGUAGCGGUCAUCAGGACAAUUACAACCAGGUGAAAUAUUUGGCAAAACCCCCCACGAGAGAAAAAGGAAACCUCGAAUUUGCCGGAAAAAGAAAAAACUACAGGAACGGAGCUUACAACAGUUUCUUCACCCCCUAUGAGCAGAGGCUAAAUCUUCUGAAGAAAGAACCCCCCUCAAAAUUUGGACCUUUCGGGUCAAGUUCAAAAGGGGACCAACCAUUUGGCAGGCCAGUUUAUGAGAAACGUAGGGAGGGAGUACCUCGUGGAAGUGGUCUACUUCCUCAGGUGAAUGUACCCCCACCACAGAUUAAUGAAGAACCAUCCGUGGUGAAGUAUUCGGGGGAGGUACUCUACAAUGGAGUUACCCCUGCAGGAGGUUCUGUUCCGUACAACUAUGCGUUUUGCACCCCCCCUACAUUGUGCGCAUCUCCACGGCAGGAUGGACGUGCCUCGUUAAUAAGCAUGACAGAGAAGCGACCCAGGGGAAACGUCCUAAAUGCAGUAAGCAGAGAAGGAAGAAGGAGCUUCCUGUCCAAGUCGGACGAAUCUGUAGAUAGCACUUGCUUCAAGUAUAACGCAACGGAGUUGGGAAGUCUAUCCCCUGAUAUGAGGACAUCUACCAGCUUGAAUGUAUGUCUCAGUAUUGGAUUAAAAAAGAAGCCUAAAAAAGGGAUGACAGUGGAGGGCCUUCCCAGAAACACCACCAGCAUGAAUCAGAAGGUUCACCCGAUGGUAGAGCUUCUCUCCAAUAAUGCCAAACCAAGCAGUAGGAAAAAAAAAGGAAGUAAAAACUUCAGUUUAAAUUUGUGCAGUGCGUGUCUAAACAUAGAUGACGGUAUCUACCUAAAGCAGAUCAACGAAAUUAUGAACAGAGACAUCCUCUUCUCGGAUGAGGAUUUGCUAAUCCUGGAUGAGCUCACCAAGUCGAGCAUUCACCAUUCCUACGUGUUUAACAACGUUAAAACGGUUAGUAGCUUCCGCAAAGGGGGGCUUACCUGGAUUGUUUACAACAACCAAGGUGGGUGGUAUCCAUGUACUAAGGCUCAGAAGCAGAUCCCGAUAAAUUACGACAAGGUGGAUACAGACCAGCAGUCUUCACAUAUUGGGGGGGUUGACAUGUCUGAUGGGGAGUGCACCUACGUAGAUUUGAUAAGGAAAAAUAUUUUCUGCACAAGCAAGUACGUUAUAGAACCUACCAUUGAGAACACGUGGCUGAAAAAGGUCCUGCUAAUUAUUAAGAAAGAGGAUCUAGAUCUAGAUGCCUUUUUUUUUAAGCUCAAAUAUUAUUUUUACAAAUCAGUCUUAUUCUUAUACCAGGAGGGGAUCAAAUCGUACCUUGGAGAUGUAGCCAACCAGAUGAAGAUUUACGUCAACUACAAUUUCUGGUCUGCAUCUGAGGUGGCUUAUAUUCUGAGACAACUAACCAACCUGUGUAGUAUACAAAUUGAGGUAAGAGUGAAGGGGGAAAUAGGGUGCGUCAUCUAUCUAAACGAGGAACCGAAAGGUUUUCAAGGCUUUGUGGACAGUCACAAUUUAAAUGAUACCUUCACCAAGAAGGACUGGAUUCUGCUUCACAGAUUUGCCAUUAAAAUGAUGCAAUACAGGAAGGAAGGGAAUGACGACAAGGGAAGUGACCCUUCCUCACCAACACUUCCUGCCAUGAUGGAAGAACAGGGGAAGGUACGUCACAGCGAAAAUGGCACCACCGAGCUAGGCACUGAUGGGUGUGUCGUCCACCAGGAAGAUGGAAAGAACGACAAAUUGCCUGACGAACUGGUCGAUGAAAGUGACGUAGCGCAGAAGGGUUGUUCAUCCAAUGUGGACUUCCCCUUUGGAGAAGACAAAUCGGGUAGUGAUGCCCAUAUGGAGCUGCUCUCCCCAGCUAGUGUGGCUUUUGCUGCGGCGCUCAGCGAGGCGGCCACGGAGGAAGAACCUACCCAAGUGGCUACCAAAGUGGAUGCAAACGUUGCUACCGAUGUGACGGCCGAUGCGACUGUGAACCCACAACCGGGCCGAAGCGAAGACGGCAGCGAGUGCAUCUUCUGCUCACCCACCACCAAGAAACUCAAGUCCUACAUGUUCAACGGAGGGAGAUAUGCAUUCGCAGCCAAACUGAAGCACGAAAUUAAGCACUUCAAAUCCAAGCGGUUAGGAGAUAUUAUACACCUAGUACAGCUAGCUAUACACAAAGGCAUAUUCGUCUAUUCACAGAGGAUUCUCCUCCCCGUUUCUGCAUGCGAAAAAAGCGCAGAUGACUUAUACCCAAAAAUAAAAAAUUUUAACUAUGAGCUUUGUGACACCUUAGGAGAAGUCAUGAGAAUUAUUUCUCUGUUGGUUGAUCAUAAGCCCAAUGGACUUGUCUUGGCCCAACUGAAGCAACAGUUUAUUCUUCAGUUUAAGAAGGAGCUGAACAGCCUCCACUUCGGUUACAAGAAGCUUCAAAAUCUGCUUCUAGCCGAACCGUUUAGUAAGCAUUACAAGCUAUACAUCCCCAACUGCAACAUGCACCGGACGCACAUUCAGCAUAAGAAGUAUAGAAUCCCGGACAACUGCAGGAUCUUCCAAAAGGAGAGCAUCAAUGUGGGAUCCUUCCUCGAGUUCAUCGAUCAUCACGAGUUUGAUAGCUACAGUGCGGAAGAGGGGGAAGACGAAGAAGAAGCAUCCGUGGAUGAAAUAGCAACUUCGAUGAGUGAUCCACUACCCGGAGGAAGACACACAAAUGAGCUACUUAACCACCAGGGGGGAAGUGAAAACGCGGGCCCCACACCAUCAAUCUCACCCAUCCAGACGGAAAAUCAAAAAGAAAAAAACCAACACAUUCAAAUGUAUAGAAAUGCCCAUGUUAACACAACAGAGGAGUCAAUUAGCAAAGGGGGGACAUUCCCCAGUGAGCAGGACCAAACUGACCCAAACUCCAACGUAGCAACCAAGUGGCAAAUGAACAAAGACGCAACUAAACCGAGGGGAAUGAAAAAAAGGGAAGACCUCAGCUACAGAAAUUUGAAGAACCUCCCGUUGUUCAUUCGGGAAAGCAUAGAAAUGACCCUGGAGGGUGAGGAGGAUGAUGGGUCUACAUUCUUAGACAUGGAAGAUGUAGCGCAGUUUUGUGCAGACCAGGAGGAGGGUUCCAUCGGGGAAGGUUCAAAGCAGAGGAACGACAUGCACCUUUCGACUUUGUCACGAAGGGGGUAUUCACCAGAGGAAGGAAACCCAAAUGGAGGUGACGAAGCACCAUCAGAAGUUAAGAAACACCCCCAUGGAGAGAACCCCACUGGAUCAAGCAGCGUCCUCACCAUGUUGUAUCGCAUGGACCUAGAUGCGGAAGAUGCACACGCUGAAAAGUUGAGGGGCAUAAGGGAGAUUUUCGCAGGUGCGAAGGAUCAGCGUGAAGGAGAUCACGCAGACGAGGGUCACAAUCAACAGGAUAACAUAUGGCAGUACUCACCACUGUCCGAUUCCACCCAGGACAACGCCAUUGCCGCUACAGCAAACAAGGUAGUAUUCCCCCCGCUAGUCAACAUUUUCACCCUAAUUAAAAAGUACAAAAGGAAAAGAAAAAACUACAAAAUGUUCUUCGAGCAAGGAAGUAAAAGCAGCAAUAAUUGGAGGAGCAAGUUUAACGAGGAGGACGUUCCUGAACAGAAGGAUGGUGAGGGCAAGUCGAAUGACACGAAGGGGGUCUUCCUAAAGAAUAAUCCCUCCAUGGGAAGUGUUGCAAGAGAUGUCCCCACAGGAUCACCAGGAAAUAAAUUUCUCCGUUUCAAGGGGGAUCCUAAAUUCUGCAAUUCUUCUCCCAAUGUGAUAGAUAUGGAGGGACCAAAAGUUGUUAGACCGUUUGGAAAGAAUGGCUUUUACGAGAAAGGGGCUUUCACCAGUGCGGAACUUGUUACCAACAGGAUGGGUGAAGAGGGCCACUCGGGUGAGUCCCCUUUUGAUCUGAACAAAGUCAGGCAGAAUUGCUUCCAAUAUGUGAAAAAGAACCAAGGGGGAAGUCACUCACUGACAUACCAUUUGGGCAAAAGGACGAAAAGCUUUAUUAAAGAUUCUUCGUUGGUGGCCCACGGGGGGGAAGUUCUUCCCGAAGGAGGAUCUCCCGAGCGGCGUCCAAUGCAAUCCCCAAACUAUCCCCCCCCUUGCGUAAUCACCAAUGUGAAGCAAAACGGGCAGCACACACGAUACGAGAAAAAGCUUGAACCCUUCGACGGAGCGGUAAAGCAACAGAGCGAUUGCAAACUUGUCCAAAAUAGCAUCCCUGGUGAAUAUUGCAACAUUUCGGAUGAUACUUCCCAGACAGGGAAAAAUGCAAAAGGGCACCUGUACAAGUCCAAAGGGGGAGAGGAAAUUACCCCCUAUGGAGACUACUGCCAAUCGGAUGAGCUGAACAUGUGUGAACCUACUCGGUUGGAUGCAGAUAAUGGGUUCAUAGAUGAGAAGAACCCAUACGGAGUGCCCCCAAUGGGUAGCAGCACCACUGCAUGCAGCGUCGACAAGAAGUGUAGCCCACCGGAGGGAACAAGUGAAGAGCAUCUCCCCAUGGGAGGUAACAAGGCCCAUUUUAAUACCUAUAAUUUGACGCAGGGAAAAAAUACAAACAUGCACAGGGGGGAGACCAAGCUCUGGCGGACAGAACUGUCGACCAAACCAGAUAACAAAAUGAACGUUACUAAGAAGGAGCAACCACAUGGGGACACGUCCAUUUAUGGAACGCAAGACAAACUCGCUGAAGAGUUAGCACCUUCUAAGAGCUACGCUGGUAACCAAACUGGAAACCGUUUCAAAGGCGAUCAAGUGAAGGGCCUUUCCAUCGAUACGACCUCCUGGAGAAAAAACGCCAAUCCGUUGGGACCCCCCCAAAAUGGCACGAACAAUUUGGUAAACGAACAAGUUCAGAACACGAAGGAUGAAAAAUCGGACCAUGAUCAGAAUGACUCAUUAAACCAUUCCAAUGGUAAGCUGUACCAUGUGGAGGGAGAAAAUGGCUUCCCAAGCAGUGACGCUGUUUCAAGUGAGAAGGCACCGGCACACCAGGCAGCAGACAUACAACAUGCGCUCAAUUGUACGUACUUAAAAAAAGCGGACUUCAUGAACUGUGACCUGAACAGAGUGAGAGGAAAGACCGACAAUAGCAGCAACUCCACUACCACUACAACUACCACUGUUGCGAAUAACAACAACGGGGGGAGCAACAAUUCGGGUAACAGUGACUCUGUUGCCGAUUACCACAGUGGAGACAGCAACACACAGAUGAGGGACACCCCGGAUAGAAGUGAAAACGGUUGUUAUGUCCACCCGGCAAACCAGGUUGGUCAAGAAAGUGUAGGCCCAAGUACCGAGGUGAAGACGGAUGGAAUGCUUCCCCCCUUAAGCGGCCACGUGGAAGAACCAAACAGAGGGUUAAAUAAGCCGCUCACCUAUCGCCCCACCAGUGACGAAGUACAGCAUGUAGGGGGAAACUGCAGAGAAGACACCCCCGUUAAUAGUGUUACCCAAAGUGAGUAUAGCCACCAGUAUGACCGCCAUUAUACUCACCAGUACACUAGGCAGUAUGGGCAGCAGUACACCCACCAGCACAAUUACCCCCCGAGCGACAAAAAGAGAGCUACCUACAAGUGCAACGAUAAGGAGAUCAACCUAGGGAAGAGGCAGUACAACCCCUUCGAAAGCAGGAACUCAUUCACGUGUGCCAAUACGUCUUAUACAGGACGCCCCAACAACCUACGGGAAGGCUACAAGAGGGAAAAUGACGUGAAGAAAAAUUUUUUUAAAAAAAACGAAAUGGAUAGCAAUUCACAACUGGCAGACCUUUUAAGCGUCAAAAAUCAUGCCAAAGGAGAAGGCCUCUUUUUCUCCCCAAAAAAUGAGGGAAAAAAUUUUCGAAACGUUAUUACUACGGUCAACAAGGUAAGACAGGAAAAGUUACAGACCCCAAAUGGCAGCAGCUUUUUUAACUACCGAAAUGACAAAAGCGAACAUGCUUUUAAGAGCAGGAGCAUACUUAAGAGGAAUAAAUAUGUUGACCCAAAUGGGGGGUUCAAUCAGGAAAGGAAGAAGAAUAAUAAUAACCACCAGAUUUUUAACCCCAUGGAGGAGGGAUACCAGCAGAGAGAAACCGGAACAGAAAGGGAAACGCAAAGACGCACAACUGACAGUAGCUACGCAAUGGUCGACAAGAUGGACAACCAUGUGACCACCUACUUGGGAAGAACUCCUGACACGGUGCUCCACAAACAAAACAGAGGCACGAAAAAUAAUUUCCUCCAAAGCAGUUACUUUCCGUACCAGCAAAAUAAAAAAAACGCAUUCGUCAAAUACGGAGAUGUAGAAACGUCCUAUGGAAACCACAGAGAAGUGAAGAAGCCACAGUUCAGGAAGUUUUUCAAUUGCACACCUGACACGGGAACACCACUGCCCAAUGAAGGCACUACGAACUUUGGCAAAAUUUGCAAAAUUAGGAACAUUUAUUCGGAUCAAUUUUCCAGAAAAUAUUUCCCUGGAGAGACAAACAAGUUUUAUAACGCUAGUUUGAAUUAUUCCUACCAAAAUAGGGGCAACGUCGAUUUGCCUCCUGCUUCGAACGAGUACGUGAAGUUUUCCUCCCUGGUUAAGGGGAAGACUAGAAUAAAUGCGGACCCAAGCUUUGUGGAAAAUGGGGCGUUCAAAGUAGGGGGCCAAAUGCAGGACCAGGUGAGGGACCACGCUUCCCUCAGUGGAAUUUAG